AUGGCGCGCCCCAAAAUUACGCUCUACGUUGACACCGUCAGCCCGUUCGCCUACCAGGCGUAUUACAUUCUGAGAAAUGACCCCAUCUUCAAGAACGUCGACAUCACCUACAUCCCCAUCUUCCUAGGCGGCCUGAUGCACAAGUGCGGCAACACCGCCCCGAUCAAGAUCAAGAACAAAGACAAAUGGAUCAACAUCGAGCGCCUGCGUUGGUCGCGCCUCUUCUCAAUCCCCAUGCUUGAAUCGCUCCCGCCCGACUUCCCCGCGCCGACCCUGCCCGUGAUGCGCGCGCUGACAGCCGUCUACGCCUCGGAACAGAACGAUUCCGCUCAGCCCAAGUUCACGCGUGCGCUCGACGCCCUCUUCAAGGCGCACUGGGUCGACGGACAGGCGACGCACCGGCCGGAGGAGCUGAAGAAGGCGCUGGCGGAGAUCUUUGGCGCCGAGGAGGCGGAUAAGAUCAUCAAGCAGUCGGCCACUCCCGAGGUUAAGCAGCUCCUGAUUCAGAACACCGACCGGGCGUUCGACGAAGGCGCCUUUGGCCUGCCAUGGCUGACGUGCACCAAUGCUGAUGGCAAGACGGAAGGCUUCUGGGGUGUGGACCACCUUGGGCAAGCUGUUGUGUUCUUGGGACUGGAUAAGGGAACCAACAAUGGCUGGCGUGCCGUACUGUAA